AUGGUUGGGAAAGCAAACCCUAAGAUCGGAGUAUGGGCUGGCCCACUCGGCAAUCCCGGAACUCCCAUUCCGCAGAAAGGCAUCAUUGCCUUUUCCCUCUCCCCCAAUCGUCAGCGCAUCUUGGCCGGCACUGCUGGGGCUGCAGUAUUCAACACCUUUCGACGCUCCCGCCAGCAGCUGCUCUACGUUGCGCCUCCGUUUGUCAUUGCGUAUACUGCCAUGAACUGGGCCAUUGAGAGAAACGAGUAUUUGAACUCGAAGCCUGGUCGUGAGGCCGAGGGCGAGGAAUAA